GUCGGAUCUGUUUAAAGGACGGAACCUAAACAGCCACGUAGUAUAGGCAGGAGCACGUCUGAGGAUCACCGAGGACUCGAGCUGUCUGCACCCUCCGGGCCAGCCUGCAGUCUUAACCAAAGAUUACAGAGCAUGAAGUAAAGGUGAAUUGCACUAGUGGGAGCCAGCUCAUGUUCAUGGAUGCUAGAGCAGCAUCUGUGGUUCAAGAAAUAUGGAAAAUGGAAAUAAUGAAACCACCUCAGUGGAGGCCAACCCUGAGCAGCCGGACGCACAACAUGGCAAAGACCCAGGAAGCAAUACUGUAGAGUCUCUGAAGCCGGAGAUAUCCCUCGUAAUGGAGAAAAUCCCUAACGGCCAUGUCAAAGCAGAGCUGUUGCCAAACGGAGAGGCCGUGGUGGAGUGUCAGGAAAGUCCCGGAGGCAGCACCCCACCUCUGGCAGCUCCAUCCCCGGGCAGCCGCCUUCCCGAUUCCCCUCUGAGCGCAGAGCCGGAUCCAGGUGUGGCCUCUUUCCCUGACAGCCUAGAGAAGUCUGAGGCAGCUCUUGCAGAGGGCUCUAUUCACAAGGGUGACGCAUUGCAAUCGCUCAGACUAAGUAUUCCUAUGCAGGAGACUGAAUUGUCAUCAAAAGAGCCAUCGGUGGAGAUGGAAAAUGAAGAAAAAAUCCGCCAGGAAGCUCGUCGGCGUCUGGAGGAACAGCUCAAACAAUACAGAGUACAGCGGCACACCGAGAGAACCCGGCGUUCCACUCCUAAGAGCCGCCCAUUCAGCACUUUGGACCCGGAGCUCAUGCUCCACCCCGAGGGUCUCCCACGGGCCAGUACUGUCGCCAUGACUAAAGAAUACUCUUUCCUGCGCACCAGCGUUCCUCGCGGUCCCAAACUGGGAAGCCUGGGGAUCCCUUCAAGCAAGGAGAAGAAAUCCAAAUCAUCUCGCUCCAACAAGAUCCACUCUCUGGCCGACUACAGAACUCCUGAAUCUGACGCUAAAAGCACAGAUGCGCCGGGCGGGCUAGUUUCGGCGUCGGCCGACUCGUCGUUUAGCUCUCUCCACUCCACCAUCAGCUCGGUCUCCACAGUUUCGGAAAUCAGCGUCAAUUCCGAGACCAACGCUCACGAAUCAUCUCAGCUAAUCAGAGACAACGUCUCUGAGGUGGAUGGAAGCGAAUCGGGUUUCAGAGCUGAUGGUAAUGACAGCGAUAGCUCGUCUUAUAGUAGCGUGUCUACUACAGGGACAUAUAAUAUGUUAGCUGCAAUAGUGAACCGGCCAAAGGCUCCAUAUACUGUCGAAGGGAGGGAGAUUGCUCCGGAAGCCAUGGGCCACUUUCCAUCACUGCAGCAAGUCCUGCAGGCAGCCUCUGAAGAGAGGCACAUGGAAGAGCUGGAGCAGGAAAGAGAGGGCAGCGUGGAGCCUCGCAGUCGCAGGGACAGCUUCUCCAGCAGUGUGUCGUAUGGGAGCUCUGUGAUGGGGACUCAUGAUGAGAUGCUGCAAGUGCUGAAAGAGAAAAUGAGGUUAGAAGGACAACUGGAGUCUCUUUCCUCCGAGGCCAAUCAGGCUCUGAAGGAAAAGACAGAGCUCCAGGCCCAGCUGGCUACAGUAAGCGCCCAGUUGCAGGCCCAGGUGAAGCAGACCCAGGCCAGUCAGGAGAAGCAGAGCACCCUCACCUCCGAAGUCACCACACUACGCUCCAGCUGCUCUGCUCUGGAGAAGGCCAUGGUGGAUCUCCAGGCCAAUCUGGAGGGGAAGAAUGCCAGUCUGUCCUCAUUGGGCAAUGACCUGCAGCUGGCUGAAGAGCAGUACCAGAGGCUCAUGGUCAAAGUUGAGGAGAUGCAGCAGAGCCUGAAUACCAAGGACAACACAGUCUCUGAGCUGCGGCAGCAGAUGGGAGGCCUACAAGCACAGCUUCAGCGGGUCCAGAGCGAGAGGAACGCUCUGCAGAGCAGACUGAAGACCUCACAGGCAGAGGUGGACUCUCUACAGCAGCUCCGCCUCUGGUACCAGCAGCAACUGACUGUGGCACAGGAGGCACGAGUGCGACUGCAGGGAGAGAUGGCAAACAUGCAGGCGGGUCAGAUGACUCAGAUCGGCGUGUUGGAAAAUCUAAAGAUGGAGAACGUUACUCUGUCUCAUAAACUCACGGAGACGAAACAUCAAUCAAUCAAAGAGAAGGAACGGAUUGCUGUGCAGCUACAGAGUAUAGAGGUAGACAUGUUGACUCAAGAAGCAGCCAUCCAUCAAAUUCAGGAGGCAAAGUCAAUGGUAGAGGAAGAUCUUCAGCGCAAGCUAGAAGAGUUUGAAGAGGAGCGAGAGCAUCUGCUCAAACUUGCCAACACGGCAACAACACUGGAGCGAGAGCUCGAUCAGGUCAAACUCAUUCUCUCCCAAAAAGAUGCCCAGCUUGAAUCGCUUCAGCGCGAGCACCUAGAGCUGAUGAAGCAGCUCACCAUUACUCAGGAGACCCUCCAAACCAAAGAACAGGCCCUUAAUCAGCUGGAGGCACGUUACCAGGAGCUUCAGGCCCAGCUGGAGGAGCUGCAAAACGAUGCCACAGCUAAAGAGGAAACCAUGCAGUAUCUCCAAAAUGAGAAAAUAGUACUGGAAGUUGCUCUGCAGGCGGCACGGGCUGAUAAGAGCGAACUGGAUGAAGGAGCGGAAAGGCUUGGGGAGGAAGUGCUGGUGGCGUCCGACACUCUUGACCAGCUUAGGCAGGAAGUGCAGGUUAAAUCAACCCAGAUUGAAGCUCUCCAGCAAGAGAAUGGCAACCUCAAAAAACAAGCACAGAAACUAAAAGAGCAGUUCAUGCAGCAGAAGGUAAUGGUUGAAGCUUACAGGAGAGAUGCCAGCUCCAAAGACCAGUUGAUCUCGGAGUUGAAGGCUUCUAAAAAGCGACUGGUGGCGGAGGUGAAGGACCUGAAGCAGGAGCUGUUAAAAAUGGAGGGAGAAAAGAAGAGCGCAGAACAGGAACAGGCUCGCCUGCAGAAGGAGGUGGAGAGAGUCCAGCAGCAAAUGAACGGUCUGGAAGCCCAUUUACAAUCUGUACAGACAGAGAGAGACCAACUUGACUCUCAGCUGCAGUCCCUUCAGUUUGACCAGAACCAGCUGGCGGCUGUGACCGAGGAGAAUGAAAAUCUGAGAAAGAGGAUCGAACAAAUGCAGGAUGAAGCCAGAAAGGCUAUCUCGGAGCAGAAGGUGAAGAUGAAGCGUAUAGGCACAGAUUUGACCAGUGCACAGAAGGAGAUGAAGGCCAAGCAUAAGGCCUAUGAGAACGCAGUUGGCAUUCUGAGCCGCAGGCUGCAGGAAGCCCUCACCGCCAAAGAGACAGCUGAAGCUGAACUUGACAAACUCAGAGCCCAGGUUUCAGAGGGUGGAAACAGCCAAGAACUUCAGGCCAAGCUAGAGUCCCUGCAGGGAGAACUGAAGGCAGUGAGCCAGAGUAAAGCCAUGCUGGAGAAAGAGCUACAGGAGGUCAUCACCCUCACUAGCACGGAGCUGGAGGAAUAUCAGGAGAAAGUGCUGGAACUGGAAGACGAGCUUCAGGAGUCAAGAAAUUUUAAGAAGAGAAUUCGUCGCCUGGAGGAUGCCAAUAAAAAGCUCGCACUUGAGCUAGAGCAUGAGAAAGGGAAGCUCUCUGGGCUUGGGAAAUCCCACAGUGCAUUGCGGGAACAUGCCAAUAUUCUUGAGGCUGCAUUGGCAAAGAGAGAAGCAGAUCUGGUCCAGCUCAACUUACAGGUUCAGGCAGUGUUAAAGCGUAAAGAAGAAGAGGACCAGCAGAUGAGGCAGUUGGUGCAGACGCUUCAGGCUGCUCUGGAGAAAGAGAAAAUAAAAGUCAAGGAUCUGACGGAGCAGGUGGCGGAGGCCAAGCUGGAGGCAGCCCAUAACCGCAGGCAUUACAGAGCGGCCAUGCUGGAACUCGGCGAGAUCAAGAAAGACCUGCAGUCCAAAGAAGAGCUCAUCAAAACCCUGCAGAAAGAGGCUAAAACACUUGCGGCUCAAGAUGAGAAGCACUCCGAAGAGGUUUCUCAUUUCCAGGAGGAAUUAGCCGAUGCUCACUCUCAACUCCAGAUCCUUCAAAAACAGCUUGACGAUGAGCUCAGCAAACAGCCUCUCACUAACCAAGAGGUGGAGGAUCUGAAGUGGGAGGUGGAGCAGAGGCAGCGGGACAUCGAGACACAGAAACAGCAGCUGGACAUGGUGGAACAGUGUCACCAGAGAGAGAUGGACACCCUGCAGGACACUCUACAGAGGAUAAAGGUGGAGCUGGAGAUGGUUCAGGAAGAGCUCAAUGGCACGCGGAAGGAUAAAUUCAAGCUGCAGGCUAAAGUGGGAGAGCUGAGGAACAGCAUGAAGACCGUUCUUCAGCAGAACAACCAGCUCAAACAGGACCUCAAAAACGGCAAGCUCAGAAAGAGGAUGGAAGUAAAGGGGGAGUCAACCCCAGUGACUCCGGUAAAAAUCCCAGACUGCCCCGUUCCUGCUUCGCUUUUGGACGAACUGUUGAAACCCUCAGCGUCCGUCAAUAAAGAACCUCUCAAUAACCUCCACAACUGUCUGAAACAGCUGAAGCAGGAGAUGGACAGCCUUCAGAAGCAGAUGGAGGAACACACGGUCACCGUGACGUCGCUGGCCAGUGCAGAGGAGGAGCUCCAGAAACUGGGGCUUCAUGACGGCGGUAGCAACGGAUCGCCCGAUAAAGAAGAGAGCGAUGAGAUGCAGCCCUCGUAAUACACGAAGAAUCCUUUAAAGACAUUGUUAUUAUCGGAGGAGAAAGUUCAGUUUUAUCUCUACGGGCACUUUUGAGUUUCUUUAUUCCUUAUCAACCGCCAAUAUUUGGCUUUAUCCCUUGCUAACCAAGAUUGUUCGCUUUACUUUCGGGGGUCACUUUGGUGUUCGUUUGCGUUGUACUCACUAUUUAUUUUAAUGUUAAACGAAUAGAGCUUCUCUCUCUCUCUCUCUAUGUCUCUCUCUCUCUCUCUAUGUCUCUCUCUCUCUCUCUCUCUCUCUCUCUCUCUCUCUCUCUCUCUCUCUCUCUC